CAGUACCACCGAGAACUUGUUGAUUUCAUGUACCUGCAUCACGUGCAACACGUGCUAAAAGUGAAAAUCAGCGAGUCUCGGCGGGGACAGACGAAACACACGCGACAAGUUCCGUAUGAUACUCACACCCAACAUGGCUGUCUACAACGGCAAGUCAGAUUUCACCGGGGUUAAAAAUUCAUCCUUCAAGUUUGUCCUUGACCUUAACUACACGAACGUGGUCAAUGAAGAGAUGUGGAUGGACAAGCUGAUUGGAUGUAACAGCUGGGAGCCAACCAAUCAUAUGCUGUUUCAGCUGGCCAAUGUAGCAGUGUUAGUUGGGCUGUGUGCCCCAGACACAACGUAUGGAGCCUUGUUUCUACAUAUUUUCUUUGUCUUUGGGUUUCUGCUGCUGUCCAUCUGGUCUUGGGUGAUCUUGUGUGCCCCGGACUUCUUCUCCUGGAACUUUGCCUUUAUGCUGAUCAAUGGUGUGCAGACACUGUUCCUCAUGUACCGCAUCCGACCAGUCAAGUUCUGUGAGGAGCUGGAGGAUGUAUACAGCUCCACAUUUGAACCUCUCCGAGUUCCCAGGUCUGUGUUCAAGAAGCUUGUGAGUCCAGAAUAUUGUACCCUGAUGAAUCUUCAUGAAGGAGAGGCUUACGCUACACAGUCUAUCACUAAGACAGACAAGCUUGGCAUCCUCAUCUCGGGACAGAUGAAUGUAUACAGCAACCGGAACCUGCUCCACACAAUCCGCUCCAAGCAGUUCAUCGACUCUCCUGAGUUUGAGUCCAGUGUCAGUGGAGAUGAGAAGUUCCAGGUGUCUGUGAUAGCAGCCAGCAUGUGUCGCUACAUCUUCUGGCCACGCCGUAGUCUGGAGUACCUCUUGGUCAAGGAACCCUACCUCGCCAACAUCAUGAACACCAUGCUUGGCAGGGACAUCACCAACAAACUGUAUGCUCUCAAUCAAAAGGUGAGCACACCUGCUGGGUCCCGUCUAGACAUCCGUCUGCCUAGUGUGUCGUCCAGCAUCAAGGCCAGACAAGAUAUCCGCAAGGCUGUGGCAGGGGUGGCAUCGGAACCAGAGGCCCACGGUGGGGAGGGGGAACCGAAGAUGACUAUGAUGAUGCUUAUGAUGAUGACGACGAUGAUGAUGAUGAUCAGUGUGAAAAGAUGGAGCUACUAAAUGGUCAUGCAGUGAAGAUAUUUCCGGCUGUGUCAACCCACAGCGACUCUUCAUCCUCAUUACAGGAUUCUGUUCACUCGGGCAUACAGAUUGACAUGUGAAACUAGCUCUAUGUGAAGGUUCUUGUACUGACAACUGAUUCCAGUUAUUUGCUUCUGUGAACUUGGGCAUACUGAUUGACAUGUGAAACUUGUAGUAUGUGAGGCCCCUCUGAUUGGCUCUUCAUCCUCAUCACAGGACUUUGGCAUCUGUGGACUUUGGCAUAUAUAUUGACAUGUGAAAAUUGCAGCAUGUGAAGCCUGUCACAGCGGCUCUUCAUUGUCAGUGGCAUCUGUGGACUUUGGCAUACAUAUUGACAUGUGAAACUAGCAGCAUGUGAAGCCUGUCACAGCGUCUCUUCAUUGUCGUCAGUGGCAUCUGUGGACUUUGGCAUAUAUAUUGACAUGUGAAACUAGCAGCAUGUGAAGCCUGUCACAGCGGCUCUUCAUUGUCGUCAGUGGUAUCUUUGGACUUUGGCAUACAUAUUGACAUGUGAAACUUGCAGCAUGUGAAGAUUCUUACACUUACAGUUGAUCCCAGUUGUCUACUUCUGUGGACUCGGGUGUACAGAUCGACACGUGAAACUUUCAGUAUGUAAAGCCCUUGAUAGUGGAUCUUGAUCCUCUUUGCAGCCUGAACACAGGCAUACAUAUUGAACUGUGAAACUGGAAAUAUGUGAAGAUACUUACUGUUGUUUUAUCCUUGUGCCUGCCUCUGGUAACACAUACAUACGGCUUGACAAGUGAAACUAGCAGUAUGUGAAGCCCCUUGUAAUGUCUAUUCAGCCUCCUGGACUGUUUCUGUUAACUCAGGAGUACAGAUUGACAUGUGAAACUAGCAGUAUGUGAAGCCCUUCACAGUGGCUCUUGAUCCUCACCACAGGACUUUGUUCACUCUGGCAUAUUGAUUGACAUGUGAAACUAGCAGUAUGUGAAGAUUCUUGCACUUACAGUUGAUCCCAGUUGCCUACCUCUGUGAACUUGAGAAUACAGAUUGACGUGUGAAACUAGCA